AUGAGCGAGUCAAAAGCAGUCCCAAAAAUAUUUUAUAUUUUCUUAAUUGUCUCAUUCUCAAGUGGAUUCUCCAUCAUUUGCUUCACAGACUUGCGCACAGCCCCAGCGGGAAAAAUCCUGCAAUUUAAAGCUAAGGCCUACCCGUAUAAAUGGCCUCUACGAACUGGGCUACUGGUACUGCUGUUACUGAUAACCGUCUUAGCAUUUGUGGCCACGCUGAAGGGGAUACAUAGACUCAAUAUCGUUCUAGCUGCUCUCAUAUUUAUCUUGUUGAUUGUGGAAGUUUCCUUCGCGGGAAAACACUUAACUUGGCGUAACGAACAGACACGUAUAGUAAAACAGCAAGGGGAUGGUAAUACUAUGCUACAGCAAUAUGGCGUUGACCCAGCUAUCACAAAAAUCAUGGAUUUUGUUCAGACCUCAUAUUCGUGUUGUGGAAUAACAGAUUACCGAGACUGGGCAACCACAAACUGGGCAGCGAUAGUUGUAAGUAUUAAAUACAGUUGAGUAGUAACUAUUCCUGGGUUUCGGCAGGGUAUUCUAUCUUUCUUUUCAGGGCAUUCAUUCUAUAGUUCUCUAUCUAUCUACUAACCCUCCAGCUAUUCAAAAACAGCAAUGGCACUCAAGAGUCUGAGAAGCUCAGAUUGAAUCUCCACUCAUUGAGUGUGAGUGAGCUUUUAGAAUACGGGCGUAAAUCUCUCAAUUCUAUUUAUCUCCAAAUACAAGACUACUACAUAUAAUGAAAAGAAUUAACAUUAUUUUCUCACUCUGAUAACUGCAGCCCAUAAAAGAGUUUCAAUAUUAAUUAUAAGUAGAUUUCACUAAGCACUAUCGUCAACCUGCAGUUAUCAGAGUGAGAAUUGGGAAUAUAAUGUUAACUCGAUCUAUUACGAAAGUCACCGAACUGUGGAAUCGCAUCAAAAAUUCGUAUAUCGACCACUCCCACAAACGUCUACGACCGCGCCUACAUAGUUUUGCACGUUUACAAUUCUAAUUUUAAACAGCCAAUUACCAAGAAUCUGAUUGGCUGUUCAAAAUUAGAAUUGUAAACAUGCAAAACUAUGUAGUCGAAUGUAGGCGUGGUCGUAGACGUUUGUGGGAGUGGUCGAUAUACGAAUUUUUGAUGCGAUUCCACAGUUCGGUGAUUUUCGUAAUAUUAUAUGUAGUAAUCUUGUAUUUGGAUAUAAAUAAAUACAAUUGGAAGAUGUAGUUUAAUUAGCCAUUUCCCAAAGUCCUGGGUCUAGUCGCGCGAAUCCCAGGUUGGAGGGACAAGAAAUCAGGCCUUAAAAUAUCGGUCGGUCACGGACAUUGUUCGACCCAUUCGUGAAAUUGUCCGACGUAAAGAGGAAACCACCGGACAUUCUGUCCGACCUAAGUGAAACUGAAGUUUAUUGUUUGUCCGACCCGAAAAUGUAUUGGUGUCCGACCGAACUGUAGCUUUGUCGAACGUAAAUCAAAAUGUACACUACUCUAGGACUAGAGGCUCGUAUGCUAAAUGGAGAAUCAGAGUAGUGCAUAAAAAGUGAACUGGAAAUGUUGUUUUAAAAUUAAUGUAAAUCGAGGGCGGGGCGGCGAACGAAAUGAUGAAAGUGGAAAAUGAGCUUAAGUUGUCAAACUCUUACUGCUUUUCUUAGCAAGCAAGUUAAUUUUGGCUUGGAAAUUGACGGGUCCACAACAUUUGCCGUUCAGAAUUAAUACAUUGUGCUGAUAUUAAUUUGCGUCAUUCAGACUUAUUUCCGAGCCAAACUGAACUGAAGGUCAUCGGACAUCAUCAUACAUAUGUCCAACCCAAACUCAAAGUCAUCAGACAUUUUGUCAGACGGUCCUGUAAAAUAUAUUUUAAGGCCUGCAAGAAAUAUGGCAGCACACAUUUAAAUUAAAUGUUUAAUGUAAAACGGAGAUAUUUCAUUUUUGGUCGUCUAAAUGUUUGAUAGUAGAUACUUCUACUCUUUCACAUAUUUAACGUCUGUCACUAUAUAUUUUAUCCCUCCAAACGUUCCCAGAAUGCACUGUGAUCUCUUUUGGGAAAAGGCUAAUUUGCUUGUUCUUAUAAAUGUCGACAUUCCCAGGCAACCCACCAAGACUACGAACUAAAAUGUUGUUUUUCGUUUCUUUCAGCUAAAACAAAAUGCGGUUCCAACAUCGUGUUGUAAGAUGCCUGGGCCAGCAUGUGGCGAUGACUUAGACAUUAAAGACCCAUUUGAGAACAUUUUUGUUCAAGGUUGUACCCAACUUUUAUACUUCAGUAAAACCAGUGAUCACGACCAUGGUGGGGUGGGCAUGGCUGUGUUAUUUCUCCACUGGUGUUCUGUGGUCACCUGUGUCAUACUGGCGUGUGCGGUCCCCUAUUCCAGCGGUCUUUCUCCGGCCCAGGCUCUUGCCGGUGAAGAACCGGAGAAGAAACCUGAAGGUGGUGCGGGAAAAAGCCCUAAAAAGCAGGCAAAGUCAAGUGAUAAGAAGAGGACUGGAGAUGAGUUAUUUGAAGAGGAAAACAAAGCGCCCAAAGGAGCGAGAAAUUUAUUGAUCGAUAAAUCUGAACUUGAAAACGAGUCUGAGACUUUGGACACGAGCGGCCCUUAA